UUGGAGGAGUCACCGGUGCAUCACUUCCGUAGUGGUGUGGUUACCGCCAAACUUUAAACGAGCAGGCGGGCGCGCGAUACUGCACAAGACAGUCUCCUUGCGUUUCUUUUAAAAGAAAAGCGUUUUUCGUCAAAAUGCCUUUUACACCGAAAAGAUCCCGCUCUGAAGAUAUGGAUGAUUCAAUGGAAAAAAGAAUAAAACGUAUCUCAAUCGAAGGAAAUAUUGCGGCGGGCAAAUCUACAUUUGUGCGAUUUUUGGAGCAAGAGAGCUCGGACUGGGAAGUGGUGCCAGAGCCUAUCGCCAGGUGGUGCAAUGUCCAAACCAAUGGCAGUGACUUUGAGGAACUGAGCACUUCUCAGAGAAGUGGAGGUAACGUGUUGCAGCUCAUGUAUGAGAAGCCAGAGAGGUGGGCCUACACUUUCCAGAGCUAUGCCUGCAUCAGUCGAGUCCGAGCUCAGAUCCGAUCAGCCAAUGGGAAGCUUAGAGAUGCUGAGAAUCCUGUCCAGUUUUUUGAGCGCUCUAUCUACAGUGACAGGUACAUCUUUGCGUCCAACCUUUAUGAGAGCGAGUGUAUGAAUGAUACCGAAUGGUCUGUCUACCAGGACUGGCACAGCUGGCUUCAUAGUCAGUUUGGCAAACACAUAGAAUUAGACGGGAUUGUGUACCUCAGAGCAGCUCCAGAGAAAUGCUUGGAACGAUUACAUUUACGAGGCAGAGAGGAAGAGCAAGAAAUCCCUCUGGAGUAUUUGGAGAAGCUUCACUUUAAACAUGAGAGCUGGCUACAACACAAGACCAUGAGCAUGGAAUUUGAGUACCUUAGCGAUGUGCCCGUUUUGACAAUUGAUGUCAAUGAAGACUUCAAGGGUAAUAAAAACAAAGGUGCAGACAUGAUUGAGAAGGUGAAGGAGUUCUUGAAUACGCUGUAGAGCGGAUAUGACCACAUUAUUACUGUUAGGUUUUACUUGAAGAAAUUCCAGUAGGGGUUUUUAAACACAUUUUUUUUGUAUCAGUUUUACUAAAAUUGUAUGUAGACUUGUUGUAUUUAUGAUAAAUUACACAACCAUGUCAACAAAUUUGUAAAUAUUUUCUCAAAGUUUAUUAAAUAUUUUCAUCUUUUCUAUA